GAGAGAGGGGAAUGAAGCUGAACUUGUCCCCGCUCGCGCCCUGUACCGGAGGCUGCGCAGCGAGGAACUCUGGGAGCUGUAGUUUCCUUCCUAGGGGACGAUCGGCCCGUUGGGAGCGGUGCCUCCUGGGAUUUGGAGUUCGCUGAGAGCGGCUUUCCCUGGGCCGGAACACGUAGGGAGAAAUACAGCUCCCAGAAUGCGCCGCUCUUCCGGGAAUUUCUGCCGAAGGAAAUUUAAGAACAAGACAUGUGGUAAAGGGUCGAAAAAGUGAAGCUAAGCUUAAGGUCCCUGGAGCUGCUCCUUCUGCUUCCAUGGAUCCAUUUAAAAGCACAGGAGACCCAGCAGGGCAGCAGGUCACUAAUGAAGGAGGAGCGAAGAGUGCUUCUUUAAAGGAUUUGUGUCCCGAGGACAAGAGACGCAUUGCAAACUUAAUUAAAGAACUUGCCAGGGUAAGUGAGGAAAAGGAAGAGACAGAGGAGCGACUGAGAGCAGAACAGGAGUCAUUUGAGAAGAAGAUCAGACAGCUAGAGGAGCAGAAUGAACUUAUCAUCAAGGAAAGGGAAGCUCUGCAGCAGCAGUACAGAGAAUGCCAGGAACUUCUGAGCCUAUAUCAGAAGUAUCUAUCUGAACAACAAGAAAAGCUAACGGUCUCUCUCUCAGAGCUUGGUGCUGCCAGGCUGAAGGAGCAGCAGGUGUCCAACAAGAAGAGUCCGUGCCAGCUACCACCUUUGGAACUGGAUGGUUCUUAUUUAAGUAUAGUUAGACCACAAACAAGAACAAUAUACAAGAACAAUAAAGCAUCACAGUCUGGAAGUCCAGCCCUGUUUUCAGUACCUCUGCACUGUAGAAAUAAUCAUGCUCAUGAGACCACAGCCCACUACAACCAACAGGAGGUUCUGAAUGACUGUCCAGUGGAAAAUGGCUUGCACAGAAAAUGUAACAAUACGAUGCUGUCAGCAAAGGAAAGGGGCCCAUACCACACACAAAUGGCUCCUGAUGUGGGCCAGAGAAUGAGUGAAUUUCAGAACACUUGUCCUCACCAAAUGAGUAAUUGGGCUUGUAUGCAGCCAGGAAGCUUGGAGAACAUUCAGGAUAGCCAAAAGGUCAGCCAUGUAGCCAGAAGACAUUCUGGGCCGCUUCAUGAAACCUGUGAUUACUCUAGGCUUUCUCGAGUUUCUGGGAUGAAUGACAGUGUGGACUCUGGAUCAAAAGAAACAGAGCGAAGUAAAAGGCUGUCUGAGGAAAGAAGACAGCAGCUUCUGCUGCAGAAAAUGGAGCUGGAAGUUGAAAAGGAACGUCUCCAGCAUCUGCUUGCUAAACAGGAAGCAAAACUACUUCUGAAGCAGCAACAGCUACACCAAUCCAGGCUGGAUUACAAUAGAUUUAAGGGCCAAGUUUUUGAUUCAGAAGUGAUCACUGAUGAAGCACCAGGCGGGCCAGGAGGACCAACCCUUAUGAUGAAUGGCACUGGCAUGGGGUUAAGCUUUCCAGUGUCUAAGUAUGAAGAUUGCCUUCCCAAAACACCGGCACUAGGCAAAGCAUCCAAAACACCAGGGAGCAGUGGAGGGAGCAGCUUGGGGAGGAGAACAGUUGGCUUUAGUGCAAACGUGGAAGAAGGAGCCAUGUGGAUGCAUGGAAAGAAGGAAACUGGCAGGUCUAGAAGAGGGACAGCGUCAGGAUCUAGAAAGGAUGCAGCUACAUCUCCUGUACUGACAGGCAGCAAAAAAGAGCUUGUAACCACAGCCACAUCACCAAUCCAGCAUGACACAUCACGGUAUGAGGCCUCCCUUAUUGAGUUGGUUGAAGCAAUGAGUCCAGUCGCUGCCCCAGGACACCACUACAGAGAGUCUUACGACUGGAAGAAACCCCAUGCCCCUCGGAAUGGGAGCCCCAGAAAACCUGCAUGGUGCCAAGCCCCGCAUGGUACCCGAAGCGAAAUGGAGGAGCUUGAGGAGAGCCGGAUCCUGGAGGAUAUUUUCUUCAUUUGAUGAGGCUCAUUACUCUGCAGCCUGUCUGUAGGAUUUUUAGGACCUUGUUCCUGUUUCUGCUCUGGAUUUGUUAAUCGCAGUAUCACUUUUAAAUUAUUUGACAAAUGAUUGUCUCCCUCCUCGCCAAGGAGUUAGUACAGUAGCUUCCUCUUUCACUUAGAAUUUAGUAAUCAUGCUGCGAGAAUAACAUUUUUUUUUCUUUUUGAACAGUCCAAUCAGAAAGUGUUAGUAAAUUUUGGGUAAACUUUUCUUGUGCCAAGCAAUUAUUCUAAAAUAUAAUUAAAUCCACAACAUUUUGGAGUCGAUUGAAGCCAUAGUUUAGCCAGCCCUCAUAUGAGAAGUAUAUUUCAUUAUCGAUUUUUUUAAGCUAUAAAGCAGUUUGCAAGAGCUGCAGAACACAGAAGAACCACUGCAUUUCAAUUAGAUUAUUUCUAAUUAAAAAGCAGCCUGUUUAAAACCUAACAAUGUUACAAAGGUACAAGCACUUGAAUAUUAUUUCCAAUGAUUCUGUGAUCUACUGUUGCCUUCAGCAUUCUGAUAUUUACCGUGCUGAGAUGUUAGGAAGCAUAUACUCAGCUCAGCUGUCUAAUGUCUAAUAACAUUAAUGGAUGUUGAAGGGUUAAUGCACUGUGCAUCUGUUUGAAAGUAGUCUUCCUUAAAUCAGUGCUAUUUGACAUAGUGUAUAUGCUGGGAACCCUAUUGCCAACUCCUUAAAUAUCUCAUACAGCCAGGCAAUGUACAGGUCCAAACUGUAUUUGAUGUGCUCUUCAAAACAAGAUAUAUAGUAGUUAUAGAGUAAGAACAGUCUUAAGGCAUUUUCACUAACUUGCACUAUUUUGAUACCGUUUCCAGGUUCCAUUGUAAAUAAGACAAAUCCGUAAUUAUUUCUACUAGCAGCUCGUAAUGCACGUUUCCCUGCCGGCUUUAAUUAUUAAUGCUCUAUCUAUUUCAGUUUAUUUAAACGCACUCCCAUCUACUUCAUGCACUUGGUUAUUUAAAGAAAUGUGCAGAAUUGGUAAAAAUGACUGCAGAUUACUGGAUGAAUGGACAUUUUCUGCACAAUGCAGUGUUCAUAUUUUAUUGUAACAUUGUAGCCACUGGCAUGUGUUCCUAGAAAUAUGAAGCUGAAAUAUUCCUUUCACACAAUAAAAGUGCAGCUAGAAAAAGUCAGAAUCACAGCGGUACAGACAAGUUCUAGGCUAUUUGUUUCCAGCCACUGGUAUAUGGACCAGUACUGCUUUUUCAGUCUUUUGUGACUGGUUCUCCAGGCUCCUGUUCCAUACCUCCAUGGCGGUGAGCCCCUGGACUUGUCCCUGAUGUACUGCUGUUGUCUGCCUCCCAUGCACUUGUGCAUGCACCAAUCCGCAGUGCCACCCUGUCCCUCAGUGGAGCUGGCAAGGCUUGGCGAUGAGGCCCAGGCUGUUCUUUGGCUGGCACGUGCAUACUGUACAGUGUGUGGAACAUGUAUUCACUAAGACCAAGAUUUGAGGAGUUGAAACCUUGGAACUGAUUAUUUUUAAAGGCAUUUCUGGGAAUUAUGGGGUGGGCAUCUCUUCUCUUGAGGAGCCCCAACUGUUAAACUACCUCGGCUGGGUGGCAGCGGAUUAGCUUUUGCAGCGUAGUGGGGCAGAUGGAAUUUUGUGAAGGCCAACAGCAGCACAGGGCUCCUAUCGUGAGGAAUUAAAAAGGGUGACGGGGAGGGAAAUACCACAGCCUACAUUAUUCCAGACAAUUUUUUCUAAUCUAAUGUUAUUUACAAAUUAGUUGAUGCCCUUUUCUUGCAUCACAGCUGAAUUUUAAAAGCUUGUUGGAAAAAUACAAGGACAGAAGAGAUAGGAGCAGUUUUCCUGCACCAGUGAGCCUGGUGAGAAACGGUCCCCAUAUCAUUUGUUUCUCUCCAGCCAUUCCUAUGGAGAUUUACGGUCUCUUAUCAGUAUCCUGCCAUGACAUGUAUCUGCUCCUUAAUCCACUGGGGACAAGCUUUGUCUAGAGAAUUCUGUCCUAAGGUCCCACGGACCUGGCAAGUGACCCAUCACUGGACUGGCUGGGGGAGUCUCUCUUCAGUGUCCUUCAUGUUUCUGCUCCUUGGACACAGGAGAUGAAGUUUAACAUAGUUCGCUUUGGCCUUAGAAAGAAAGAGAGUAAAAUUCAGGAGAGGCAGCUGGUAUUUGGGGGGAACAAGGAGGAAAUAGACAAUAGGACAUGGGUUUGGAUUUUUUUUUUUAAAGAUUUUGCUUUUGUAAAAGAAAUGCUUUUCUGGGUCUAGACCAAAUGCGAGCCUUCAGUUUCUGGGUCUAGACCGAACACCUUCAAUUUCUGUUCUUCUCCAGAUUGACUGUAACUGUAAUUGCCUUUUUUAACUAACACUAACAGCAAAAAUGACAUUUGAAAGGUGCCUUUGCAUACACAUUCCGGAAUUCUGCAUGGGAGCAUUGUGCUCUCUAGUGCUUCAUGGGUGCCAAUACUUAACCUCGCUCAGAUUUUUAAUUAUCCUUUUUGUCUGUUAAUUAUUUUAACUCUGAUGGUGUUUUUGUCUUGAAUCUGUAUUUUGGUAAUAAUUGUAUUUUAAAUGGACAUUGUCAAGGUUUGGGGCCUCAAACAUGGCCACCUCUUCAUCCGUAGGAGCUAUACAUGAAGCAUGUUUUGCAUGUUGUAGCAAAGAAUUCUGGAAUGAAGAGGUUUAAAAUUAUCUUGUUGGGAAAGAGCUCCAGAUUCUAAUUAUCCAGUAAACAUGAACCAGGAGAGGCUACUAAUUUGGUAGAUCCUAAAGAAACAAACCUUCUCCAGUUGGCUCUAUUGUUGUAGUUAGCAGCGGUAGACUAAGAAUAGUGUUAGCAGUCAAUGCAAGCGAAUACAUUUUGCCACAAGGCACUACCAAGUUAAAGUUAUUAAAACAUUUAUAGCCUUGGAAGAAAAUCAAUUGUUGUCAAAUAGAAAAGGACAAAAUCAGUAGUUGGGGUGGGGAGGGGAAUUAUUUUCCAUCUGCUAAAACAGUAGAGGGAAUGCAAAAAUUAAACUAGCAAAAGCAAUCACAUGACAGUGUCCUUUUAAGUUUAAACUCCUAUAUUAGCCCCCACUGGGGAGAUACUCCAGCCCAUGAUUUUGUCCAGAGUCUCCCAGAUAAUAAGCUUCAGCAUCAGAUAAGGCUGUGACAUACAGGAAGCUUGUGGGGUAACACAUCUCCUACUAAGGUUACUCUCCAUGCCUUGACUUUGUGUUUCUACCUGAAUGGUUUGUAUUUCCAACACCUGCUGUGUUUGUGUGGUCAUCUCUCUUGCACACUCUGUAAGCAGAGGAUCUGUAAACAAUCACGCUUUCAUUCUACUUCCUAGCCUCUCUGGUUCUACUUGGUGAAUCCUGUCUUAAACCCAAGCAUAUAUUUAUAUAUGUGUGUGAGGUUUUAAUUUAAUAAAUUAUCUGCUUUUUUUUUUCAUUGUAUCUUUCAGAGCUUCAUUUAUUGCAUUAUCUUUUCCUUUGUUUUGUCCAGCCUGGGUAUAGCAAUAGACUCUCCAUUGUUAGAUAUUUUGGUAACCUUCAACACCAUUGAUGAUGAGGUGCUGUCCACUUAUCUGUGGGCCCUAACAGCGUGGGCAAGUCCAGUAGGGAAGCUUGGUUCCCGUUUUCUUUCAGAGAUCCCAGAAAAGAACAAAGUGCCCCACAGUUCUUCCCCAAGAGCUCUUGUUUUUGUAUUGUCCCACAGGGACCAAUCUUAUCACCCUCUUCAAUGUGUUUGCGACAUCACUGGGGGAGAUGGUGAGAGGCUAUGGACUGAAAUGUUGGCAGUAUG